GACAUCUCGUUCGAAACCUUCGACAAAAGUUGGCAUUUUUGAAAACCCAACAAAAACAAUAAUGGCCGUUUGCUCAAACUGUUACAAACAAAUUCCAAAUGCACGAAAUCACUCAGUUACAUCAAGCAUUACACCGGAGACGAUCUUCAGCCGGAUCUCUGAAGACCGCGAAAUGUCCCGCUUUCUGUACCGGCUGACGCAGGAGAUUGUGACCUCACGGAACUUUUCCGACUCCAACAUCAACCGAAUCUGCUCAAAGUAUUACGAGAGCGCGUCCUUCCCGGACAAGUCCAAACUCGGCCAGGUUGUAACGGAUCUAAAACGAAAACUUCAGGUCAACCCGGACGGUAGCGAUACCCCAGAGAAAUCGUCAAUCACACUGGAACAAUGUGUGUGUAGUUCAUCGAGACGGUCCAGCAGGUCGUCAAAAACGACCGAAGAUCACGUGGACAAAAGCAUCAGCACGCAGUCCUUUCUGCGCAUUCCGGAAGUUCCCCCGGGUGUGGACAGCUUCACCCAGAUGGGCGAUUCUCGCGCAGCGAGUCAACUGCACGUCAAACCGGAAGAGGACGCCAUCUCGAAAACCUCAAUCAGUACCAUCAGCUCGUACAAUUUCCCGUCGUCGAUGUACUCGGAAUUGACCACGCCGGAACGGCGUAGAUCUUCCGGAACGGCCGGAGCAGACUCAAUCAUAAUAUCCGAAGAAAUAGCCGGUGAGGAACCGGUGGACGGAUGCCGCCACCGACAUCCCAAGGACAGUUCCGCCGACAUGAUGCUGCGAAUGGCCGCAUCCAGCCGGAUGAACAAGGAUGGCGAACCGGGUCCAUCCCGGAAGUGUCCUCUGCACCGGUGCCAUCAGUUUGAGCGAAUGUCGGCGAACAGCGCUCUUUCCGGAGGGUGCGGGAAGGGCUGUGGAAGCGAUUUUCCGCUUCCUCCGUUCGCGGAAAUGGACGAGUCCGAAUCGCCGACGACCACGUGCUGUGGACGGCGUAGGAAGAAGAAAACGAAGGUCAAGAUCGAUACCAGGUGCGCGAAGACGAAGGGGAAGAAGAAGAAAUGAU